GAAAUUUUGUAAACUUUAUUUUUAAGAAACAAAACACAGUUGUCAACAAUGGAUGAAGAUGUAUCGGAAGCAGUUCUUGUAGAAAAGAAUCUGGCUUCCUCUAUUGAGGAAACAGAUCUUGUUGAGAAGAUUCACUCAGCCUAUCAAGAAGAAGCAGUUCUUGAAAAGGAGUCAAACGAUAACCAGAAGGCCAGGGAAGAGCAGCAGUUCACCUUCUGUGACUUCCAAGAUGAAUCGCAGCUGAAGGUGCUCCAGAGCCUGAUCGACAAGGAGCUCUCCGAACCGUACUCCAUUUACACCUAUCGCUACUUUGUCUACAAUUGGCCAGAUCUGUGCUUCUUUGCCCUUGAUGGAGAUCGCUAUGUGGGCGUGAUAGUGUGCAAAAUGGAAGAGACAAUGGAGGGAGUCCAGAUGGGUUACAUCGCCAUGCUGGCGGUGGAAGUGGAGUACAGGAAGCUGGGCAUUGGAAAGGCCCUCUCGGAAAUGGCCAUAGAGACCAUGGCGAUGAAGGAUGCAGCCAUGAUUUCCCUGGAAACGGAGCUGACCAACAAACCGGCAUUGGCCCUGUAUCAGAGUUUGGGAUUCAUUCGGGAAAGGCGGCUAUUGCGGUAUUACAUGAAUGGAGUGGAUGCUUUUCGUCUGAAACUUGUGCUCCAUGACUCCUGCAUGCUGCCCCUGAGCGAGGAUUAGCAUAGUUAGUGGUGGCUCCCUUUUGUUAAUGAAGGCUUCUGAUCGGUUUCGAGGUGGUUUUCAUUUCUCUGACCUUUGCUCCGUUCUCUUCAAUUAGCGCCCCAGCAUGCUGCUACUUGGGUAGCCCGAAAAGAUAGACUCUGGAGUCCAAGGACUUCUCAAACCAGGUAGAUGAAACUCCGCCGCCUAAUUGAGCCGCAAAACGGUCGAUUUUGAUGGCGAUGCCGAUGGAAACUGCAAAGAGUCAUGCCGGGCAGGGUGAUCAAACCGAUCGACCAGAAGGGAUAAUUGCCUCUCAGGGUCAAAGUCUCGACACAUUAAGGAGCACUCGUCGCCUCGAUAAGGUUAUGCUUUGAUAGGUGGUCCUGCAUCGGCAUUCCCUUCAGAUUCAUUCAUACCGAUUGAGGGAUUAUCGUCAAGUUCUCGAAGAAUGUCUUUCAGCAGUUAUUUACAAGGUUGCUUGUUUUGAUGGGGCCUGUUUGGUAGUAAAUAAAUCUCUGGUGGUCCCUUAGUAUCUUUUAAA